AUGGAUGUUAAUCAAAUUAGAAAAACUUUUAUCGAUUUUUUUAGAGAGAAAUGUGAACAUACAUUUGUUCCAUCAUCAGCAGUAAUUCCACAUGAUGAUCCAACUUUAUUAUUUGCAAAUGCAGGUAUGAAUCAAUUUAAACCAAUCUUUUUAGGACAAGUUAAUCCAAAAUCAGAACAAGCAAAAUUGAAGAGAGCAGUCAAUAGUCAAAAAUGUAUUCGUGCAGGUGGUAAACAUAAUGAUUUGGAUGAUGUAGGUAAGGAUACUUAUCAUCACACCUUCUUUGAGAUGUUGGGUAAUUGGUCAUUUGGCAAUUACUUUAAGAAGGAGGCAAUCACUUGGGCAUGGGAAUUAUUGACAGAGGUAUACAAAUUAGAUAAAGAACGUUUAUAUGUCACUUACUUUAGAGGUGACCCAGAGAAAGGAUUGGAAGCAGAUCUCGAAGCAAAGAACCUUUGGUUGCAAUAUUUACCAGAGGAACGUGUGCUCCCAUUCGGUAUGAAAGAGAACUUUUGGGAGAUGGGUGACCAAGGUCCAUGUGGUCCAUGUUCAGAGAUCCACUAUGACAAAGUGGAAGGUCGUGAUGGUGCCUCCUUUGUCAAUGCUGAUGACCCAACUUUGAUUGAAAUUUGGAAUUUGGUUUUCAUUCAAUAUAAUCGUGAGGCUGAUAAAUCCUUACGUCCAUUACCACAAAAACACGUCGACACUGGUAUGGGUCUCGAACGUUUAACUUCAAUCAUUCAAAAAGUACCAACCAAUUAUGAUACCGAUGUUUUUAUGCCAAUCUUUGCCGCCAUUCAAGAGGUAACUGGUUAUCCAGAACCAUACGGUGGAAAAGUCGGUGCUGAAGAUACACAACAAGUUGAUAUGGCCUAUCGUGUCAUUGCCGAUCACAUUCGUACACUCACAUUCUCAAUUGCUGAUGGUGCCGCCCCAUCCGUCGAUGGUAGAGGUCAAGUCCUCCGUAGAAUCCUUCGUCGUGCCGUCCGUUAUGGUAAACAAAAAUUAAAUGCACCAGCUGGUUUCUUCUCUAAAUUGGUUGAUGUUGUCAUUGCAAACUUUGGUGAAUUCUUCCCAGAACUCAGAAAGAAACCAGAACACAUCAAAAUGGUACUCACUCGUGAGGAGGAUAUGUUCAAUAAAACUUUGGAGAAAGGUAUUGUUGAAUUUGAAAAAAUGAUCAAAAAGAGUGUAAAUAAUACCCUCUCUGCCGAGAAUGCUUAUUUCCUUUCAACUUGUUAUGGUUUCCCAAUCGAUUUAACCACCAUUAUGGCCGAAGAAAAGAAUUACAAAGUCGAUAUCAAAGGUUAUGAAGGACUCUGUGAAGCUCAAUCUGAAAUCGAUCGUAAACGUCAAAAGGAAAAGAAGGUCGAAUUAACACUCGGUGCUGAAGCAAAUGCAUGGUUAAAGAAUAACGAUAUCAAACCAACCGAUGAUUCAUUCAAAUAUAAACAACAUGAAAUUCAAUCAGUUAUCAAAGCCAUUUGGAAUGGUAAGGAAUUUGUUGACACUGCUCCAAAGGGUACCUUAAUUGGUGUAGUUUUAGAGAAUUCAAACUUUUACGCUGAACAAGGUGGUCAAAUCUAUGAUAUUGGUCAAUUGAGUUUCAUCGAUGAUCAAAAGACUGCUUUCGACGUCAAGGAUUGUAAAGUAUUUGGUGGUUAUGUACUUCAUAUUGGUUACCUCUCCUAUGAAUGCGAUUCUUUGAAAGUUGGUGAUCGUGUUGAACUCACCGUCGACUAUACUCGUCGUUCACCAAUUAUGUCAAAUCAUACAUCAACUCAUAUGGUCAAUUACGCACUCAAGAAUAUUUUAGGUGAUGGUAUCGAUCAACGUGGUUCCUUUGUCGACGCUCAACGUUUCAGAUUCGAUUUUUCAUUUGGUAGAGCAAUCACCAAGGAUGAACUCAUUAAAAUUGACCAAAUCGUUAAUGAUCAAAUCUUUAAACAACUCGAUGUUCACGCCAAAGAGGUCGGUUUGGCUUCCGCUAAAAAGAUCAAUGGUCUUCGUGCAGUUUUCGGUGAAGUUUAUCCAGAUCCAGUUAGAGUUGUCUCUGUUGGUGUACCAGUUGAACAAUUGAUUGAAAAUCCAACCAAUCCAGAAUGGGCAAACUAUUCCAUCGAAUUUUGUGGUGGUACACAUUUGUCAAACACUAAACAAGCUGAACUCUUCACCAUUACCUCUGAAGAAACUUUGGGUGCUGGUGUACGUCGUAUCGUCGCUGUCACUGGUUCUGAAGCUGCCUCUGCUAUAGAACUCAAUAAAGAAUUGGAAGUCAGAUUCAAUAAUGCCCUCAAAUUAUCAGGUUCAGAACUUGCCAAGGAAAUCGUUUCCUUAUUAGAUCUUCUCAAGGUUGUCACCAUUUCAGCAAGUGUUCGUAUGAAUUUGGUUGAAACUUUGAAGGAAGUUCAAGCACUCCAAAGAAAACAAGUCAAAGAACAAGAAACCAUCUUGGCUCAACAAGCUCAAACCUAUUUAGAGAAAACCUCUGAAGAAUUGGCUAAAUCUCAACCAAAGGUUUUCGUAGAUUUAGUAAACUUCAAUUCAAAUACUCCUUUAAUCACUGAAACCAUUAAAAAAAUUCAAACUAAAUCACCAAUGACUGCAAUCAUGUUAAUUAGUCCAGAUGAAGAAAAAGGUAAAGUUACUUGCAUUGGUAUCGUUCCAAAAGAUUCUGAAAUCUCAAAAACUUUAACUGCAAAUGCUUGGGUUGUAAAGGUUACCGAAGUUUUAGGUGGUAAAGGUGGUGGUAAAGUUGAUGUUGCUCAAGGUGUUGGUUCUAAAUUAGAUAAAAUCGAUGAAGCUAUUCUCGUUUCAAGAGAAUUUGCAAAUGCAAACUGA